AAACAGGAUAGAUACAUAAGGCGAUCUUCUCCGGUGCUGAAGGUCUGGUGAGGCUGAGAUCCAGAGAGCUAGGCAAACGAUGCUGCUUGACGUCUCUUUGAAGAUCUUUGUCAAAGAACAGAAAAGGAUAGGCUAUAUUCUCUGGAGCUGGUGACUUAGCAAGACUGAGACCCACAGAGAUGGUAAAACAAGUCUGCUUUCUGAUGUUCAGCAUGGUGAUAAUUACUCAGCUCAUCCCCUUCAUGGAGGCACUGGAAUGUGAGGCUGGAAAGUAUAAGGUGGAUGGGCAGUGCUGCCCCCCUUGCCAUGCAGGUUUCAGGCUUAAUAUGUCAUGCGAUAUAAGGAAACCAACCAUGUGUGUGCUUUGCAAUCCUGGGACCUACACAGCAAGGCAGAAUGUCAUGAAGGAGUGUCUCCAGUGUAAAGUCUGUGACCCUGCGCUUGGCUUGGUGACCAGAAGGGAAUGUUCACCUACAUCUGAUACAGUAUGUAGCUGUGCUCCAGGCUUUUUCUGCAGGAACAUGAGAGAUGAUGACUGUCAGAAGUGUAUGGUUCACCGAGUCUGCAACCCUGGCCAAUAUGUGAAGUCUAGAGGCACAAAGAGAAACAACACUAUCUGUGAAAAGUGCCCAGCAGGGACAUUUUCCCCCAAUGGGACCCUUCACUACUGUCUGCCAUGGACCAACUGUAGUACCCAGGGUUUAUCUGAAGAAAAGCCAGGCACCGACACCACUGAUGCAUUAUGCUCAUCCCAAAGUAACCUUGGAUAUAAAUCUAUCCCCAUUUGCAUCACUGGCAUCAUGCACGUCAUUUGCAUAGUUGUCACCACUGGCGUCAUUGACAUCAUUGGCAUAAUGUGCACCAUUGUCAUGGUUAUUUAUUGCUUUUAUGAUAUAGGAGGUACAGAGGAGCCCCUUUUUAUUAACCUGUUCUCCCGGGUGAAACUUGGGACUGGCCACCCCCAGGGUCAGCCAAGCCCCGUGCUUCAGGAGCCCAAAGCUGUGGCUGGGCGAAGCAAACCCCAGCAUCCCUGA